GAGGCGCAUUUCUAAAUAGUAGGCGGCACCAUAGUUCAUAUGAUGAUUCAAUCAAAAGUUCCACACCUCCCCCUAACGCCAUCGUAAUGAUCCCUGCAAAAAACAGCGUUCACAACCGGUGUAAAUUAUGCAAUUUCUCCAGUGAUCCAAGUUCCCCGCAUUUUCUUACUAAUAACGCGCCAUCAGAAUUACGAAAAUUGACAUUUUCUUCCCGCUAG